AAUAAAAUACGUGAUGUCGAGUGUAAUUAAAUAUCAAAAGUGGAUUUAUGAGUGUCAACAACUUAUUUACAAAGCUGAAAUUCGAAAAAUUCGGCGAAAAAGGAUAUUAGCAGCUCUCGUUCUGAAUGAAAUUUUAAUGUGUAAAAAUAAAAAAAAUAGUAGUAAAAAAACAAUUUUGGAUUCAUCCGUUAUUUAAAUUAAGAUCUGACCAUGGUUUCUUCGAAGCAGUUUUUCCUACACUUUCUACGCAUCCAGAUAAAUUUGAAAAUUAUAUACGAAUUUCAAUAAGUCAAUUCGAAAAACUUUUAUGUUUAGUUGGCCCUAUGAUAACAAAGAAGAAUGCAGUAAGGGAACCUAUUUCAGCAGCAGCACGACUUCUAAUAACUCUACGAUAUUUAGCUACCGGUGAUUGUUUAACAUCUUUAUCCUAUCACUAUCUAGUUGGGGAGACUACCACAGCUAGCAUAAUCACAGAAACAUGUAAAGCUAUUUGGAUUUGUCUUAAAGACGAAGUUUUACGGUAUCCUUUGAAUACAUCUGAUUGGUUGAAGAUAGCUCAUGAGUUUGAAGAACAAUGGCAGUUUCAUCAUUGCGUAGGCGCUAUCGACGGGAAGCAUAUUCAAAUACGGUGUCCUGACAAUGCUGGGUCUUCAUACUAUAAUUAUAAGAAUCAUCACAGCAUUGUAUUAUUGGCCAUAUGUGAUGCAAACUGUUCAUUUACAUUUGUUGACAUCGGUGCUUAUGGUCGACGCAGUGAUGGCGGCAUUUUUCGUGAUUCAGAAAUGGGCCAAAAGUUUGAAAAACGAGAAAUGAACUUACCGGAUCCAAAAAAGCUAACUGUUGAUGGGGUACCUCUACCAUACGUACUAGUUGGUGAUAAGGCAUUCCAAUUAUCAGAUUACUUACUUCGGCCAUACCCAGUUAGAAGUGGAUUAAAUCAAGAAAAAAGUAUUUUCAAUUAUCGUUUAAGCCGUGCUCGAAGAACAAUCGAAAAUGCUUUCGGUAUUAUGGUUAGUCAGUGGAGAAUAUUGAGAAAGCCAAUGGAAGGCACAGUUGAAAAUAUUGUAAGUAUAGUUCAAGCUAUUGUAUGCCUUCACAAUUGGAUUCGUAAAGGUGAAAAUAAUGACCCCCAUGUUAAAUGUAAUCUGGAUCACGAAAAUGCCCACGAUUGUUUGAAUGAGGAGCUUCAGAGAGAAGUUGAAAAUAACUCAGCUUUUAGAAAAGUAAGAUUUCCUGGAAUAAACAAUAGCAGUCGCUUUGCAAUUACAAUUCGAAAUGAAUUUUGCGAUUUCUUCAAUGCUGAAGGAGCAGUUCCUUGGCAAUAUAAUCGUUGUUAAAAUGGAAUAAGUUAACACACACACACACAAUAUUUGUACAUUUAAAUGAAAAUAUUCUUGGAUGAUUCAUACAAUUUUUUUGCAUAUAAUUUUUUUUAAAUAAAGUCAUUUGUAAACAUUGAGUUUAUAACACCAAUAUGAUUUGUACAGUUAAAUAAAAAGUUAAAAAACUGAA